AAUUCAAAAGUAGCUGACAGUAGCCGAGGUGGGACACUUGCUGGGCUUGCUGUAGUACUGUGCUUGCUGCCGAAGGUAUCUUACCGUUGAAGACAGACAAAUCGGGUCAUUAUGGUAAAGGUAAUGUUGUAUGAAGAGAUAUUUGAAGGCCAACCACCGUCAAGCGAACAAGCUACGCAGUCAGGGCCGCCAUCUGCAACAGGGAUGCUGGAGGAAAAUGAGGGACAAUCUUCCAUUAAGACUGCCACCAGCGCCACAGAUGCCACAAGCACUACCACCAGCGCCGCAGAUGCCACAAGCACUACCACCAUGACCAAGAUUGUCACGGCUUCUCCCAUUAACACCACCGCUGCCCCGACUACUGCCAUUAAGACUGCCACCAGCGCCACAGAUGCCACAAGCACUACCACCAGCGCCGCAGAUGCCACAAGCACUACCACCAUGACCAAGAUUGUCACGGCUUCUCCCAUUAACACCACCGCUGCCGCGGCUUCUGCCAUUAAGACUGCCACCAGCGCCACAGAUGCCACCACCACUGCCACAAGGACCAAGAUUGUCACGGCUUCUCCUAUUAACACCACCGCUGCCGCGGCUUCUGCCAUUAAGACUGCCACCAGCGCCACAGAUGCCACCACCACUGCCACAAGGACCAAGAUUGUCACGGCUUCUCCUAUUAACACCACCGCUGCCGCGGCUUCUGCCAUUAAGACUGCCACCAGCGCCACAGAUGCCACCACCACUGCCACAAGGACCAAGAUUGUCACGGCUUCUCCUAUUAACACCACCGCUGCCGCGGCUUCUGCCAUUAAGACUGCCACCAGCGCCACAGAUGCCACCACCACUGCCACAAGGACCAAGAUUGUCACGGCUUCUCCUAUUAACACCACCGCUGCCGCGGCUUCUGCCAUUAAGACUGCCACCAGCGCCACAGAUGCCACAAGCACUGCCACCAGGACCAAGAUUGUCACGGCUUCUCCUAUUAACACCACCGCUGCCGCGGCUUUUGCCCUUAAGACUGCCACCAGCGCCACAGAUGCCACAAGCACUGCCACAAGGACCAAGAUUGUCACGGCUUCUCCCAUUAACACCACCGCUGCCUCGGCUUCUGCCAUUAUGACUUCCACGAGUGCCACAGAUGCCACAAGCACUGCCACCAGGACCAAGAUUGUCACGGCUGCUCCCAGUAACACCACCGCUGCCACGGCUUCUGCCAUUAAGACUGCCACCAGCGCCACAGAUGCCACAAGCACUGCCACCAGGACCAAGAUUGUCGCGGCUUCUCCCAUUAACACCACCGCUGCCACGGCUUCUGCCAUUAAGAGGGCCACCAGCGCCGUAGAUGCCACAAGGACUGCCACCAGGACCAAGAUUGUCAGGGCUUCUCCCAUUAACACCACAGCUGCCACGGCUUCUGCCAUUAAGACUGCCACCAGUGCCACAGAUGCCACAAGCACUGCCACCAGUGCCACAGAUGCCACAAGCACUGCCACCAGGACCAAGAUUGUCACGGCUUCUGCCAUUAACACCAGCGCAGGCACUUUUCCUUCCAUUAGCAGUACCACGAGCGAAACUCCAGCCGUUAGCACUGCCGCUACUAGCGCAAAUUGUGUUUCCUCUUUAAACAUAUUUGCCAACGCGUCAACUGUUUCCAUUUCCAAUUUGUCUAUCACUCUCACGGCCAAUGCCGCAACUGCUACUGCCACCACCAGUACGAGUACCGCACCGACAUUCACCCUCACUGCCACGGCCACGGCUUCCACUCCCGUUACCUCGUUCGAGGCCGGUAUUGUCUACAACGCUGGUAGUUGUCCAUCCACAUUCGUUGUGACUCCCACAGCCUCUGAUCCUGCCAAUGCCAUGACAAAGGAAGGAAGUGAACUCACGGAGAGCUGUGUGUCAAGUUAAUCACCAAAAUAUUCUUGGAAUUGGGCUCGGCUUGUAUGGGCCUUACCCCCCUCUUUGGUUUGACCGGAAGUACAACCAGUACACUACCUGCAGACUGUGUUUUAUUAAACAGACAUAAAUGUUAGACACUGAAAUGAACAUUUACAUGUUUGUGACUAUGAUUUUAAUAAGCUUCAUAUAAUGCGAGUUCCAUUUUUGUGUAAUGCAUCUCUUAAGCGAAAAUUUUAUGCUAAUUACUUUAAUAAUAAUGAUAAUUUAUACUAUUGAUGCUAUAAUGACGACACUGGUUGAUUAUUAACAAUGACAAUUCAUACUAUUGAUGCUAUAAUGACACUGGUUGAUUAUUAUUAACAAAGCCGACAUGCAUAAAUAUGGUUAAUGCUUGAGGGAAAAAUUAUAUUCCUAGAAGUAUCUGUAUUUCCACGAAGUAUUUUGUCAUAAAAAUUUUCACAUGCAUAGAAUGUCACAUAAAAGUGUUCGUACCGAGUUAUAAUAUGUUAAUAAAGCAUGUGUGAAAAUAUAACUGUCA